AUGUAUUUCUUUUAUUUGGUAGUAAAUAGGGGGUUGCUGUGUAUAGCAAACAGCGGGGAAAGAUAUAAACUUCCCAGCCACCAGAUUUGGGGAUUCAGAAGAGUUGCCCUCCGGAGGGCUGGAGUAGGGAGCCGUUCGGCCCCGUCCAGCAGCCGCACGCUCCCGGCGACCCACGUUGGGAGGAUGAGCAGCAAAGAAGACCCGAGCAAGUGCUGUCCGGCGGCUGCUCCCAUCUCCAGUUUCACCAUCCAGUCCAUCCUGGGCAGCGGGGCGGCGGCGGGCAGCGGGGAGCGGGGGCCUUUCCUCUCGCCCUCCCAGCAGGACUGUAAGGACGAGAAGGAGAAGCCGCUGGGACCCUCCUCGCCUUCCUGCGGGGACCGGCAGCGCGACGGCGGGGACCGGCAGGCCGGCGCCGCCAAGAAGAAGACGCGCACGGUGUUCAGCCGCUCGCAGGUCUAUCAGCUGGAGUCCACCUUCGACAUGAAGCGCUACCUGAGCAGCUCGGAGCGCGCCUGCCUGGCCUCCAGCCUGCAGCUCACCGAGACCCAGGUGAAGACCUGGUUCCAGAACCGCAGGAACAAGUGGAAACGGCAGCUCUCGGCCGAGCUGGAGGCGGCCAACAUGGCCCACGCCUCGGCGCAGACUCUGGUGGGGAUGCCGCUGGUGUUCAGAGACAAUUCCCUCCUCCGAGUGCCGGUGCCCCGCUCCAUCGCCUUCCCCGCCCCUCUCUACUACCCCGGCAGCAACCUCUCGGCCUUACCGCUCUACAACCUCUACAACAAGAUCGACUACUGAGCCCCGCGCCCGCCCCGCCGGGACCCGC